AAAUGUUUACUGUAUAUGGCUUACCCGCAACAGGUAUUUAGGUUUUAGGCAUCUCAAGACCUAUUCUUAUAGUUGUAAAACUAAAAAGUAUUCAAUUAUAAGUCAUUAUAUAUAGGUGUAGAAUGAGUAGUAGAAGAUCGCAGAAGUAUCAAAGUCGUCAUGUGGAUCGAGAACCUGAAGAGGAAGUCCAGCAGGAUAUUACGAAUCAACUUCCAUUUACUACUACUAAUACAUUAGAGCCAUCGCAAAUCAUAAAGUUAUAUGAACAUUCAUUCAGAAGUGUUUUGGAAUCUCCCGAUUUAUUAGAUCAUGUUCAAACAGUCAAGGGAGAUUUGUUUAAUAGAGAUUAUAUCACUGCCUUUAGUGAUGAAGAUAGACGAUUGGCUUAUGUUGCAAGAUGGACUCCCUAUAGAUCAUUAUGUUAUGCAUCAUUAUUUUCAUCCUUAGAACCAAUAGUUGAAUUAUUUAAAAAUAAUGAUAAUACUUCCAAUGUGCUAUGUGUUGGAGGUGGAGCAGCAUCAGAAUACGUUGCAUUGGUUUCUGUAUUUAGUCGAUUGAGAAACAGUUCUAAUUCAGGAAUUUUAUCAGCUCAAAUUAUAGAUAUUGCAGAUUGGUCAUCCAUUAUAAAUUCAAUUGAAAAGUAUGUCAAAUCAUAUUGGAUUCACAAUCCUGAUAAAUUAUUAACUGACUUUGUUCAUGAUGAUAUAUUAAAAUUAAACAAUUCAAGAAUAAAUUUUGAAAGUCUUGAUUUAAUUACUUUGCUUUUCACUACUAAUGAAUUAUUUGCUGAAAAACGUCCAGAAACUAUUAAAUUUCUUCAACACCUUAACUCCAACUGUAAAUCAGGUUCCUUAUUGUUGAUAGCUGAAAGUGCUGGUUCAUUUUCCAAUAUAACUAUUGGAACUAAGAAAUUUCCCGUUCAAUUCUUGGUUGAUAUGGUUCUAGUUGGUAAACCGGGAGAAGAUAAUGGUGCUUGGGAAAUUAUAGAAGAGAGUGAAAGUUGUUGGUAUAGAAUAAAUCCAAAAGAAGUGGAUUAUGCAUUAAAAUUAGAAAAUAUGAGAUUUUUCUUUAGGUUAUAUAGAAAGAAAUAAUCAAAUAAACGAUGAAGAUCAUGAGACACUUUGCAUAAAUCUUAUAUUAAAUUUCGCAAC